AUGGAGGAGAGGGAGGAAGUGACGGCAACGUCGUUCCGAGUGAUGGUGUCCGAGGCGGAGCCUUACGGCUUUCAGACAUGCGCCGCACAGCAGCUGCAGAGCUCCGUCCGCAUCACACACAUCACCUUCACUCCCCCCAGCUCAGACGAACUGGAGGCGUACAUGCAGCAUAAGGACAAACUUGCCUUGACCACGCCGCCAAGCAAGGCAGACACCUCUAUUUGUCCCGCAACCUUUGCGCGUCUUCGAACGCUUUGCGCGUCGGGGGAGCUGGAAAGCCACACCGUGGCGUGUUUUCCAUGGAGCCAACAUGAUGAAACAACGACGGCUUUGAUGGCGGCUCAUGGAAACGAUGAAAGUAAUAAAAACAAGAGUAAAAACAGUAAAAAUAAGAAGAACGAGUCACAUUUGCUUCAAUCGACGACCACCGCUGCGGCCCAUCCCCUUGAGCAGGUUCAGUUGGCGGGUCUUUUUGAUGUGGUCCUCCCGCGGCAGACUGAUAUCUGCAGUAACGUUGACCUUCGCUUUGAUGUGGAUGGCUCUGUCUGGCUGGAGGUGGUUGGCCCCGGCAGUGUGACGUUUUUUGGGGAGCAGAACUCAUCGCUGAUACCGGAGUGGCUGAGUCACCGCUUCUUCACCGUUAGCGACGACGAUGAGGAGACCGGUGGGGAAGAGGAAGAGGAGGAAGAGGAGGAAGAGGAGGAAGAGGAAGAGGGUGACAUUGCGGCGAUGUACGGUCUUGUUCACUGA